AUGGUGAAGCUGGCGAAGAAGGCACCGCAGGAGGGCAAGGACGGGUCCCUGCAGAUGCGCAUCCGGCAGUUCGUGGUCUACGGGCGGAAACCCACCGAGAAGAACCCCAACCCCGACGUGGUGGCCAUCCGGAUCUUCGCGGCCAACCAGGUGGCGGCCAAGUCCAAGUUCUGGUACACCCUGCGCAAGCAGGAGAAGGUGAAGGGCAUCAACGGGCAGAUCAUCACCGUGCGCGAGGUGUUCGAGAAGAACCGACAGGCUGUCAAGACCUACGGCAUCCUCUUCAAGUACCAGUCCCGGACCAACUACCACAACAUGUACAAGGAGUUCCGGGACGUCACCCUCAACGGGGCCAUCUCCCAGCUCUACAUGGAGAUGUCGGGCAGCCACCGCGCCAACCACGACACCAUCCACGUCAUCAAGGCCGAGGUCAUCGCCCGCGCCAAGGACAUCCGCAGGCCCCGCUCCCUCCAGAUGCGCGACUCCAAGAUCCGCUUCCCCCUCAUCAAGCGGAUCGUCCGCCCCACCCACCGCCGCUUCCGCACCGUCUUCAAAGCCAACCGCCCCUCCGUACGCCUGUCGAUAGGGCCCCUGCCUGGGGCUGCCCUCCCGCGGCUUGUGGUCCACGAACGGUCUGACCUGGUUCUGGAACUUGGCCCAGGAACCGUCCUCCACCCGCUCAUGGCUGGCUACCGGCCUCAGACCGAGCGCAGGAUCAACCAGGGCUACCGCUUCGAGAUCGAGCGGGUGAAGCGCACGCUCGCCAGCAACAACGAGCAGUACACCGAGGUCAUCGACAAGUACAACACUCGCAACAAGGAGCUGUUCUCAAUGAUGGCCCGGGUCAUGCAGGACUACGAGGACGCCAUGGCCCAGUACAUGAAACUGCCCUUAGCAGAACCGGUCCCGCUGCAGCCUCGCCCUCAGCUCCAGGGCCUCAGCAUCCCCCUCGCAGUCCACCUCCCGGGUGGCGUAGCAAAGGCCCUCUUCUCGCGGAUUUGCACCUUCUUGAUUUUGCGGACUGGCCUGAUCGCCUACAACUUGGCCUGGUACUCCUAG